CCCCCCCCCACUACCUCCACCUCCACCACCACCUCGCCACCAACACCAGCGGGCGGAGUAAUAGCCUAUUUACGUGCGGUGUUUACGGUGUGAUUUGUUCUCGCAUGCGUUCUCGGUACACAAGCUCGCGUGCACGGUUUGAAUACUAGCAAAUCGGUACCCCUCCGCGUGCGCCUGUUAGCUGCUGUAAAGCGUUUUCCAUUCUGUGGUCCUGCCCUCAAGACUGUGAGCUGAAUUCUGAUUGGAGCACAUGGAGUGCCAGUCUGUCCUGCACCAGUGAUCAGGCUGGGAGACUCCAGUGGUGACAUCCUGUGGGGCCAGAGAUCAAAGGCAAGGAGGCUGUUUUACCACCGCUGGAACUGAAGAUUGCUUUAAAUAAGCAAGUCCUUGUAGAAGGUUUUUUAAGUCAUGAUGCAAGAAUCUGGGACCGAGGCAAUGAGCAACGGACCAGCCAAUCAAAAUGGAGGAGCGAGUGUGGAGGGCGGAUCCGGGGAGGUACGAACCAAGAGCGCCACGCCGUCAAUGGAGGUGACUGCAGCUGACCUCCUGCAUCUCCAGCAGCACCAGGCUCUCCAAGUGGCUCGGCAGAUACUCCUCCAGCAGCAACACCAACAGCAGCAGUCCCACUCACAGCAACUGCAGUCUCAACAAAACACUGGCGGCAAAUCCCCUAAAGCCAACGACAAGCAGCAAAGCCUGCAGGUUCCAGUUUCAGUGGCUAUGAUGACACCUCAAGUGAUAACUCCUCAGCAGAUGCAGCAAAUCCUUCAGCAGCAAGUCCUGAGCCCUCAGCAGCUCCAGGUUCUUCUCCAGCAGCAACAGGCCCUCAUGUUACAGCAGCAGCAACUCCAAGAGUUCUACAAGAAGCAGCAGGAACAGCUCCACCUCCAGCUUUUACAGCAGCAGCAGCAGCAGCAGCAUCAGCAACAGCAACAGCAGCAGCAUGCAGGCAGCAAGCAGAGUAAAGAGCAGCAGGUGUCAGCCCAGCAGUUGGCCUUCCAGCAGCAGCUCCUGCAGGUCCAGCAGGUCCAGCAGCAACAUCUGCUCAACCUUCAGAGACAAGGGCUGCUCACAAUCCAGCCUGGACAGACCGGCCUGCCACUGCACUCCCUCACUCAGGGCAUGAUUCCAGCAGAGCUGCAGCAACUGUGGAAGGAGGUGACAAAUGCUCAUGUGAAGGAGGAGCACAACAACAGCAGCAACAACGGCCACCGGGGCCUUGACCUGUCCUCCCCGGCAACACCUAAGAACCCACUCCUCAACCAGCAUGCCUCCACCAACGGGCAGUACCUGAGUCACAAGAGAGAAGGAUCCACACUAGAAGAACAUUCCCCACACAGUCACCCUCUCUAUGGUCACGGUGUUUGCAAGUGGCCUGGAUGCGAGGCGGUGUUUGAUGAUUUCCAUUCAUUCCUCAAGCAUCUUAACAAUGAGCACGCCCUGGAUGACAGGAGCACGGCCCAGUGUCGGGUGCAAAUGCAGGUCGUUCAACAGCUGGAGCUGCAGCUAUCGAAAGACAAAGAGCGUCUGCAAGCUAUGAUGACGCACCUUCAUGUCAAGUCCACGGAGCCCAAAGCCACCCCACAGCCGCUCAACCUGGUGUCCAACAUCACAUUGUCGAAAUCGGCCCCCGAGGCCUCUCCUCCUCUGAGCCUGCCCCGGACCCCCACCACACCCACAGCACCUCUAACACCCCUGUCCCAGACCCACUCCGUCAUCACAGCCAACAGCCUCCACAGCGUGGGACCCAUGCGACGACGUUACUCGGAAAAAUACAACAUGCCCAUCUCUCCAGAUCUCAGUCAGAACAAAGAGUUUUACAUGAAUGCAGACGUUAGACCGCCGUUCACGUAUGCCUCACUAAUAAGACAGGCAAUUCUCGAAUCUCCAGAAAAGCAGCUAACACUAAACGAAAUCUACAACUGGUUCACACGAAUGUUUGCAUAUUUUAGGCGCAACGCAGCGACGUGGAAGGGUGCCAUUCGCACCAACCUUUCCCUGCAUAAGUGCUUUGUGAGAGUAGAGGAUGAGUUUGGGUCCUUUUGGACUGUUGAUGAUGAGGAGUUUAAGCGCGGCCGCCACAUACAGCGAGGCCGUCCUCGGAAAUACGCCGCUGAUGAGAACUUUGAUGAGCUGCUCGUACAAAGUCCAGCCUUAGUGAAGAACAUUCAGACCAGCUUGGGCUAUGGUCCGACCCUCUCUGCUGCCUUCCAGGCUUCAAUGGCAGAAAACAACAUACCUCUAUACACUACUGCUUCCAUUGGAAGUCCCACCCUCCACUCCCUGGCUAACGCCAUCCGUGAGGAGAUGAAUGGAGCGAUGGACCAUGGAAACAGCAACGGCAGUGACAGCAGCCCGGGACGCUCGCCCCUGCUAGCUAUGCAUCACAUCAGCGUUAAGGAGGAACCACUGGACCCCGAAGACCAUGAAGGGCCCCUAUCCCUGGUAACGACUGCCAAUCACAGUCCAGAUUUCGAUCACCACAGAGAUUACGACGACGACCAGGGCCACGACGACAUGCUGUAAGGCUAGCGCCGCCCCUCGCCCGGCCUCAGAGGCAGAGGCAGUCUGGGUCAUCUGGGAGACCGAAACGCUCCGCAGAUAACAAACACUGAACUGCAGUCUCAGCCACUGAUGACAGCUCUCAAAUGUCUCCGAGUUAACUUUUUAGUGCCAUUACAAUACCUAGCAAGAACACACACACACACACAAAAAAAACCACACAUGAGGGAUUUUUUUCUUUCUCUCUUUCUACUUUUGAUUUAAGUAAAGCUUAAAAAGUGAAACUUCAUUUCUACUCAUGUGCGGGAUGGACUUGUUUGGUACGGCGGCGACGUGCUCGUGGUCAGAGACCCUCGCCGCGCAGCCAGGACGGACUGCACUCAGCGGACUGCAAGAGGGGUUGUGUCUCUCCCCAACCCACCCCCUCCGCUCUCUCUCUCUCUCCCUCCCUCCCUGACUCUUUCAGACACACACAUCUGACCACAAACUCAAGAGAGAGAGAGAGAGAAUGACUGACGUUUAAUUUACACCGUGUGUGUGAAUGCAGCAAGUGAGGACUUCUGUACAUUGUCACUGCCUUCAACACUUCUCAUUGGUUUGAGUCCAUCUAGGGUGGGAAGGAUGUUUUUUGUUUGGGUGUAUUUUUUGUUGGGGGGGUGAGAGGUUAUAAAAUAUCAACAUAAUGUGUCUUUUCCAUUCAAUGCUGUUAUUGAUGUUGCAUCUUUUUUUUUUUUUUUCUCUAACUGAUCAGACCUCAUGCCCAUACUGUGGAGAUUCUGUGUGGUCAGUACUUGAUGAUGAAUGUUUAUGAUGUCCUUUCAUGUUGUUCUUUUAAACACACACAUGAAGCAGAAUGUCCCAUAAGUAGUAGUUUUUCUUUUGUCAUUUAUUCGACAAUCUUCAAAAGAAAAGUCACCACGCUGACGUGUAGCCCGCCCCCUCACCCCCUCGUUCCUCCCCCUCCCCCUUCUGCUCAUGAAGUCCAUUGGCAAUGCACUACUCGUAAUGAAGGCUCUCUCCACGCAUCAAUGAAGUUUAAUUUAAGAUGCGAAUGAAUGACAGAGAAAUCAUGCAGGUUGCAUGAUUUAUCCUUAUGAAAUUAUACUUCAAAACAGCCCCUCACGGCAGAGCAUGUUGAGCUGCAACAGAAUUUCUGAUCGCUUACAAGCUCCGGGUUUUUUAAAGCAAAAUGAAAAUGUCAGGUGUGUGCCAGAGAGAUAAUGAUUUAGACCAACUAAUUGUAAUUCCUGAACACAACUGCCAUUGUGAAUCAAACGUGUCUGCCUUUUUCCACGCUGUAAUUUCAUUCAGUGCUUAAAGAUAAACGUGCAUUCCCUGUAGUUUUAUUUGUAUCACGCGCAUGACCAGUUUUAAGUUUUAGUGAGUGUUAAAAAUUGCACACCGGAUGAAAACGCUCACUUUCUUUCAUCAAGGGUAAAAAUCCCAAGACUUGCAAUAAGACCUAAUUAUUGCACAUUCCAGCAUUUGACAGCCAUCAUAAAGGGCCCACACAUACAGUACAUGCCAUUUAAGAAAUGUGGAUACUUCGAUGUUCAAUGUCACCCAAAAAGCCAAUAGUUGUAGUCCACGGCAUUGGACCGAGUGGAAUCCACAUGUAGUUUAGUGAUGCAGCAACAACAAGUCCAGCUUUGGUAGGGAGUUAAAUUUUACAGAGACCAUGAAAUCCAAGACUGCAAUCAACCACUUUUUAUUAUUAUUUUUUUUUAUUUAUUAUUAGUAUUAUUUUAUGUUUUAUUUGGCUUUUUUUCUUUCGUUGUUGAUGUGUUUAAAUAUCUUGUUCUGUGACUACCAAAGAUAAACUACAAAGUCAAUUGUUGUUUGUUCCAUGCAAUAGCAGAUAAGGCCAAAUAAUAUCUCCUCCGUUCUCUCCCAUUGGACGAUCUCAGCAGAUCGAGCCAAUGGCAGAUCGAAUCGAAGGACUUGCUCCUCAAACUGGUGUUUUCAUUCAUUUUUAACAAAACCAAAGGGGGUGUAUUGAACAGGACAGCUGCAGUAAUGUUUGCAGUGACCAAAACUGAAAGGGAGGCGCUGGCAGUCUGACUACACGAUGACCAAAUUAGGGAAACUUUUUGUCUUUGGGCCAGUGAGUGGAAAAGGGAGCUUUUUGGUCAGGAGCAGAUAUGAACAUAAAGGGUAUGUAGAUUAAGUCGAUGAGGAAAAAAUAUACUGGUAAAUGGAAAAAGCUUUGCAGAGAACAAUGUGAAACGGAUUUUAUACUUCAACUGGACCACACAAUGAUUCAAUGUUUCUCUUCUUUUAUUCCUUAUUCAUUUGUAUCCUUUAAAAAUGAUUGUAUGCCACUCUUUAGGGGUUUUAGCGUUAUUUGGAAAGACUUUAUGAUUGUGUUUAGUUUCUGUCAAUUUAUUACUUUUUAUAUUAAAAAAAAAACACUCCUGUCAACUAAUAAGCUGGGUACAAGGUACUUUAUGGCAGUUAUUGUUACUAUUAUGAUAUUUUUAAGUUCACCGCUUAUUAACUAAAAAGGAAAAGGGCAAUCUGUGGUUUCCAGAAGUUGUAUUUAAUAUCCAGGCAGCUGUGGGAUGGGUCAGUCACAGCCAGGCUAAGAUCGUGAGAACAGGGGCGAGCUCAUCUACAAACCCCCAGUCAUGUGGCUGGUUUGUUUGGUAUUCAAAAAGGAGGAAAAGCGCUGGUAGAUUAAAACAUUCUCAGCAUGUGUAGCUCGACAUUACUAAAGAUAACAGCAUGAGAAAACCGUUUGUACGCAUACCUCAGUUCAAACCUAUAGGGAAUGAUUCAAUUAAAUGAGAAGAAAAUAAACAAACAUUUCACUCAGUUGCACUUAGUUGUAUGUCUUGCAUGUGUAGUCUGAUACUGUAGAGAGAAAACUACAAAAAAAAAAAAAAAAAUUGAAAUUAGAGCUUGUUUAUAUUAAAGGUUUCAUCUUUUUUAGUUUUUUGCCAAACCAAUCCAAACCUCAGUCCUUUUGUUCAUGGAAACAUCAGCCAGCUGUGUGUGGCACCGUUCAUCCUGUCAAGGUCUGAUGUACUGAUGGGUUGUUUUAAGGGCGUUCCAAUAUUCGGUUGUACAUACAUGUCGCUAUAGCCUUUGUCUUUUUCCUGUCUUUUCCUCUCUCUCCUUUUUUUUUUUUUUUUUUUUUUUAGAUCAAAAAUGCAUUUGUGUUAUGAUGUUUGCUUUAUCGCGACUGCUUUGUAUUAACUAUGAAAUCGCUAUGAGAAAAACUGCUGUAUGUAUUGGAAUAGCAAACUGUGCUGCAAAUGUAUUUUACUUAGUAAUCCUUGCUUUAAAAAAAAAAAAAAUGAAAAAAAAAAUGAAAAAAAAUCACAUCAUCCACGCAGACAUGGGUGAGCUGGGCAGGGGCAGGCUGGGGGGGGGAGAUUAUCCCCGAUUUUGGAUUUUAAACUGUAAUAUAGAAAACAGACUUUUCUCUGUUAUCAUUGACCUAAGCAUUUUGUACAGAUUUUUCCCUCUUUGUGUUAAGCUGUUUUUUGAUACUUCCUUUUGAUGGUCCAACCACUGCCUUCUGUGGCUGUAUGUUAAAGAUUACUGCUCUGAGAAAAGGGCAGACAGGUAUAUUUCCUCCACAAGACGGAGAUAUCUUGCAUGACUAAUCCCAGGGUCACAGAGAUGGGGAGGGGUGGGGGGGAUAUGUUUUAAGUGGUCAGUAAUAAUAUAAGGGUGUAUCAAUCUAAUGAUAUUUUAUAUGAAAUUAAUAGGAAAAUCAAAAAAAAAAAUAUGCAGUGCCAAGAUGUAAAGAAUAUUGUUAAAUGCUGUUUUUAUUGUUAGAAAAGUUAAUUUCACUCACGCAUCAAAGAUGUGUCUUCAUCCAUGUCAUGUAGGUAAAACACACAUUUUGUUUGGCAUCAAGAUAUUUAUAUUUUUUAUCUCAAGGGUCAUUGUAAAUGAGUCAAACCAAGCACAGCAGGCAGGUCAAAGGUUAGACGCUGUUGGAGACUAACGUCCUGGACACUGGCCGUGUGGCAUCGGAUCCCCCAAACAUCACACACUGGCACCUGAGCUAAAACCAUUGUUUCAUCCAUCACCAAACAUCACCAGCCCGCUUUCAUUCCAUCCCCCUCUCUCACACCAGACUUUGGUUUUCUGCAGAUGGAGGGGGAGGGAGGGAGGGAGGGAGGGAGAGAAGGGAAAGGAGGGGGUAGACCAGGAGCUGUCACGGUGCUCUCAUCCUGCAGCAGCUUUUCUUUUUCUUUCUCUUUCUUUUUUCUUUGAAGAUGUACUCUGUAGUUUCUUUUUUCUUUUUUUUAUAGAGAAAUAUUAUUGCUCAUCACUUCCAUCAGUCUGUAACCUCCUCAUCAUUCCUCGUCUGUCUGAUGCAGACCACUCUGUUGUAGUCAGUGGCGAUGACUGACGUGAGCAUUCUAAACAUGCAAUAAAAUGCUGGUUGUUCGGA